CAUCGCUUCUGGCAGCCUUUGAAGCACUUGCAGUAGAUAGUGUUUAUACCAGCUUAAUUGGUUUGGUAACACUGCAGACAUAUCAAUCAUCCUGUCCUGCUUAUCAAUUAGUUUAGUUGCAGCCCAUCCGGGGCACCUGGUAGUCCCAGAUACUCCCCAUCCCCACGUCUUGUUUUUCUAUCCUGUUUUUCUUACACUUAUUUUUGUACUAAGGUCAUAAGGACCUAAAACUACGCCAACUAUAAUGGUUUAUCUUAUGCAAGUAUUCUCAGUAUGUUCUCUAGCUGCACUCUAUUUUUUUUCUGUGAAACAUGCACCUCAGUUAUUUUCCAUUGCUACUGUUACAAAGCCAUCAAACUUAACAUGACUUAGAACUUAUUCUACUUAUUUACAAAGGUUUAUAUUUUAUUUUAUGAUUUUGUGCCUCCUUGUCUGAACCCCGAGUUUGGGGGGGAACCGGAAAAAAACUGCUCCCCUUUUUGCAUAUGCAUAACAGAGUGGGAUAGGAGGAAUGGAUAAUGGGAAACCUAUAUCUUGACAGAGGCAAGGGUAUAGACCUGAGCGUAAAAAAUAAUAGGGGAACUGGAAGGAAAAGGGGACAGGAAUCAACUCCCGGAAGAUAAGAGAUUCCUGCUCCUCCCCAUUCUCUUACCGGCUGUUGCUCCUCUUCUGUUGCUGCCAUUUGUUGACAGGCCUCUGGAUGGCAGACUGAAAAGAAAUGCAAUUUUAAGAGAUACCAAAGAUGAUGACUAGAAAGAUUAAGCUUUGGGACAUUAAUGUCCAUAUAACCUGUCAUUUAUGCAAUGGAUACCUGAUUGAUGCCACUACUGUAACGGAAUGCUUACAUACUUUCUGUAGAAGCUGCUUGGUGAAGUAUUUGGAGGAAAACAACACCUGUCCAACAUGUCGGAUUGUUAUACACCAGAGCCAUCCAUUACAGUAUGUCGGUCAUGAUAGAACAAUGCAAGAUAUUGUUUACAAACUUGUGCCAGGCCUCCAAGAAGCAGAAAUUAAAAAGCAGAGGGAAUUCUAUUACAAACUGGGUAUGGAAGUACCAGGGGACAUCAAAGGGGAGAUGUGCUCUGCAAAACAACAUCUAGAUUCACAUCGCAAUGUUGAAACUAAACCAGAUGAAAAUUCAAACAAAGAAACUUCUGAAGAAAACCAGGAAGAAGAUGAUGACUAUCAUCGAAGUGAUGAACAGGUAAGCAUCUGUUUGGAAUGCAAUAGCAGCAAAUUACGUGGAUUGAAAAGAAAAUGGAUCCGCUGCUCAGCACAAGCAACAGUCUUGCAUCUAAAGAAGUUCAUUGCUAAAAAACUUAACCUUUCUUCUUUUAAUGAGCUGGAUAUAUUAUGCAAUGAAGAGAUUCUUGGCAAGGACCACACACUCAAGUUUGUAGUUGUUACUAGAUGGAGAUUUAAGAAAGCACCUCUACUGCUACAUUACAGACCCAAAAUGGACUUGCUGUAGGAGAACUUUAUUGUCCUUCUGGACAUUUGGUUUUUUGUUUUGGUGUUGUUUUGGUUUGGGUUUGUUUUGUUUUUUUUUCAGAGACUGUCAUCUCACACCUUAGUGCAGCACUCAACUCUCAUAUGACAUGAACCAGCAGAAUCAUUUUGGAAUCUUAUAGUGCUUCUAUAGCAGACUGUCCUGAAUAUUUCUAGGGAUCUGCUUCAUGGAUUUUUGAACUCUCUCUCUCUAUAUAUAUUUAUUUAUUUAUUUAUUUUUGUACAAAUGAAAUAAAUUGCAACUCAACAGGAUUCUACCAGCACUGAGUUUACAGGUAGUGAAAACACUUCAGAAUUCCAUGGAGCUCAGCCUAAUUCAUCUAUUUGUAGUUACAUAAAAAUAAGUUAAAAUGGUAUGGAAGAGAUUUUAAAUGUUGCUUUUAACACCAAAUUACUACAUUUACUUAUUUUUUUGUCUUUAAACUUUACAACUUGUUUCAUUGUUUUUCUGAGGUGUUCUUGUUUUAUGUAGUUAUUCCCAAUUAUGUGAGCUUUAAUCAAGCCGUUCUAUAGAGCAUUGAACAUAGCUAAUGAUACAGUGACUGGUGAUAUUUAUUAUGCUGAAUUAAAAACUUCCUAAAAGCCUGGAGAUCCAAUUGCUUCAUUAUUUUUUCACAAUGUUUGUUCUUCAGUAAUGUUUUAAUAUCCUCCCUUUGCAUGUUGAUUUUAAAUGAGUUCACUUGAUUUUUUUUAAAUAUGCCUUAAUAUUUUGCCGUGGCAUAAGUUACAUCUGAUCAUAACAAAUACUUAUCAGUGAUGAACUUGUGAAAUUGUUUUAAAGCAAAUAUGUCAUAUAAUAUGGGCUUGCAAAAAUAAAAUCUUAGUUUAGGGAGUAUUUGCUAUUUCGUUAGCUGUUGGGUACCUUUUGUUGACGUUGCGCAAGUUUCCAUUUCACUAGUUAAAAAUUCUUCAGGUAACUGCAAACCAUUUCUGUGUUUCUUUUACUGUUUUCUGUAUGAAACCAUAGCUGUUUAGAACUCAAUUACUAUUUAUCUCUGAGGUCAGAUUAGGUUACAGGGGCACCCUCUGGCCUUAAUGGAUAAUUUUGCUUGUGUCAAUCCCUGAGAGAAGCAAACUGCCAUAUGUGUUUGUGUGUCUGUGUACAGACAUGCAUGCACCUUAGAGAAUCCACCUUCAGUAGUGCUUAGCAGUGCUGACUACAUUGAUUGAAAGGCUUUUUAAGAUAGUCAGCUUCAUAAAAAUGUGUUAAUAGUUGAGAGUUACUUCUGCAAGCUGUAUGCUGCAUAGCAUUAUAUAUAGCAUGGAUGUGAGCGUGUCUGACAUGGAGACUUAAGUAACUGAAA